GGAACUGGUCUGACAAGAGAAUGGCAAUCCUGCCUUUAAACUGUCAUUAGGACUGUAUGGUUGACGAUGAAUCCACCAGAGCUCCGGGCUCAAAGGCGAAACACUGAGCAAGAGAAUGUGAAGACAUAUUUCAGGACAUUGUGAGUGCUACUAAAGAUGUCUGAUAGUGUUGAUAUUGAAGAGAAACCACCAGCCCCCCCCUUGAGAAUGAACAGUAGUUCCCGAGACUCUUCAUCAUUGAAUCACGCCUCUAAACCGCUUCCAAUGGCUCCUGAAGAGAAAAACAAGAAAGUCCGCCUGCGCUCCAUCUUCCCCGGGGGAGACAAGACAAACAAGAAGAAGGAGAAGGAACGUCCUGAGAUAUCCCUACCCUCAGACUUUGAACACACCAUUCAUGUCGGCUUUGAUGCUGUAACAGGAGAAUUCACAGGUAUCCCGGAGCAGUGGGCACGGCUCCUGCAGACCUCGAACAUCACCAAGCUGGAGCAGAAGAAGAACCCGCAGGUCGUCCUGGACGUCUUAAAGUUCUACGACUCCAAAGAGACUGUCAACAACCAGAAGUACAUGAGCUUCACCUCGGGAGACAAGUCGGCACAUGGGUACAUAGCAGCAAACACUCUGAACCGACUGCUGUCAUCUGGGCCUCCUGUCAGCCUUAGAACCUGCAGCGCAUUAUUUGACAAGGCUGCCAAAACAUCAUCGUCAGAGCCCCCAAUCGCUCCACCUGUGUCAGAAGAGGAGGAUGAGGAAGAAGAGGAAGAGGAGGAGGAGGAGGAAGAUGAGGAUGACGACGACGAACUGCCGCCGGUCAUUGCGCCUCGGCCCGAGCAUACCAAAUCUAUCUACACGCGCUCCGUCAUGGACCCGCCAAAGCCUCCCACCCCCGUGAAGGAAGUGUUGACCCCUCCAGAGUCGCAGGUCCAGCCGGAGAACACGUCCAACACAAUGUAUCGCCACACUGACCGCCAGAGGAAGAAGUCCAAAAUGACGGAUGAGGAGAUUCUGGAGAGACUCAGGAGUAUUGUGAGCGUGGGGGAUCCCAAAAAGAAGUACACACGCUUCGAGAAAAUAGGACAAGGGGCGUCUGGCACUGUGUACACUGCCAUCGACAUAGCAACCGGCCAAGAGGUGGCCAUCAAGCAGAUGAACCUGCAGCAGCAGCCCAAGAAAGAGCUGAUCAUCAAUGAGAUCUUGGUGAUGAGGGAAAACAAAAACUCCAAUAUAGUGAACUACCUGGACAGUUACUUGGUAGGAGAUGAGCUAUGGGUGGUGAUGGAGUACUUGGCCGGUGGCUCGUUGACAGAUGUAGUGACUGAGACCUGCAUGGACGAGGGCCAGAUUGCUGCAGUCUGCAGAGAGUGUCUUCAAGCCCUGGAUUUCCUACACUCCAACCAGGUGAUCCACAGAGAUAUAAAAAGUGACAACAUUCUCUUGGGUAUGGACGGAUCGGUAAAGCUCACCGACUUUGGCUUCUGUGCCCAGAUCACUCCAGAGCAGAACAAGCGCAGCACAAUGGUGGGAACGCCCUACUGGAUGGCACCAGAGGUGGUGACUCGGAAGGCUUAUGGUCCAAAAGUGGAUAUUUGGUCUCUGGGAAUCAUGGCGAUAGAGAUGGUGGAGGGAGAACCGCCCUACCUGAAUGAGAAUCCACUCAGGGCGCUGUACCUGAUAGCUACCAACGGGACUCCAGAGCUGCAGAACCCGGAGAGGCUGUCAUCUGUGUUCAGAGACUUCCUCAACCGCUGUCUGGAGAUGGAUGUGGACCGCAGAGGCUCUGCCAAGGAGCUGCUCCAGCAUUCCUUCCUCAAGCUGGCGAAGCCUCUAUCCAGCCUGACGCCUCUGAUUGUAGCUGCGAAGGAAGCCAUAAAGAACAGCAGUCGCUAGGGUGUGCCCUAGGUGUCCCCACCCGCGGCUGGAGCCCUGCCUGUGAUGUGUGCGUUCAUGGGGGCAGGGGCUUGGGUGUAUGGGUGGUGGGUGACGUGACAGCGACAGCACAAGGAGGGGGUUUGUGUGACUUACAGUGACAGCACAAGGACAAAAGACCCCCAGGCCUCAUAUGUAGUACGGACAUCUGGCCUUGCAGCCUCUCGGCCCACGCUGCUGAACAGACCUUGCCUCCUCGUUUACUUCUCCAGCACUCUGUACAUGUAGAGCAGUCCAUCACAAGUGUGCGUGCGUGAGCGUGUGUGCGUGCGCGUGUGUGUACAAACUGUGCACAUCUCUUUGUGUCAUAUGUCUUGUUUGGCAGCAGUCGCUCUCCAAACUAAGAAAAUACGGCGAAAAAAAUCGAAAAGAAAAUGUGCUCAUUUUCAAGAGGAAAUGUCAGCAGGAAGAAACUGACAAAACUAAAGAGCCUGUUAUUCCUUCCCUGCCCAGCUUUAGGCUUGGUGUUCAUUCCUCCAGUCUCUCCAUGGAGCACAAUCAGGCCACACUUCCACCUGCAGUAACCAGCUGAUGUGAGAGAGUGACACUGGGACCCAACCUUUGCCUGCAUGACUAUGGCUCUGUGGAGAAACACUGCUACUCCUCCGCAGAUUGUCACAUCUCAAGGUGGCAUAUUUAUGUGCGUAUGCGUGUGAUUGAAUGUGUGUAGGGGUGCAGCUACAGGGGAAAGAGUCAGGAAUAAUUUCACAUGAUAAUGCCAGCUUUAAGCAUCCUUCAUUGGUCCGCUUCAUGUCGUCUUGUAUUUGAUUUGAGUCUCAGACAGCCUCUGCUGUAGAGUCACUGGAGUUCAGGUUAGCUGCAGUUCAUUGCUGAUUUUCUCUCUAACUGGCUACGUAUUGUUUUCAAUGUGCUGCAUUGUUAAAUAUUGAAACACUGUGCACAAUUUGCCUACAUAAAUUGAACCAGCACUGUAGUGCAGCAUGUAUAAUUAUAGUGACUCAACUGUAGAUCACACAUGCAAAUAUUUCAUCUUAAGUACAAUGUAGGAGAGUAUUGCAUAUUCAGUCGGGGUUGCAGUUCUAGACACGUGUUUGCUCUGACUUGUGGAUGAUGUUUGGUACAAACAUUUGGUACUGAACACUCUAGAAAUGAAUAGAAUGACUGGAAACUGGUGCCGGCUUCAUCUUGCAAUGUGCAAAUUCCACAGAUCAUUCUUAAGCACGUGCAUACAUAAACUGUAGCAUUCACUGUGUGCAAGCAUCUCAAAUAGGAUUAUCAACCGAUAGUCAGUAUGCUUGGCUUUAUUUUCGAUUCUUUAAUGUUAUAAAUUGAUCAGAAUCGGGUUGAGAAUUCAACAUCUGUUUUCAUUCAUGUCACCAGACAGCUAGCUGUGAAAUACUGUAGAAGGAAAUAUACAUACAAAAUCAGAGACUAAACAGAGGUAUAAAUCUUUUUAUUUAAAUACUUAUAUUGGCAUUGGAUUGUUCUUUUUGAGGUUCUGGCACACAGCGGACCAACAUUUCAGCCUUUCAAAUCAGCUUUUUUUUCUACAACAGUGGCAAACAGACAGUCAAGUGAUUAUUUACCUACAGUGAGUUGAAGGUCUGGUGCUACACAUUGUCUCACUUUCCCAUAGUGCCCUGAGCAUCCCUGUCACCUUAAACCUUAAGCAGGAAAGAUGCCCCUUGACAAAGAGAAUAAUGCAAACAUAAAGUAUGCUGAUUUCAAUCCAAAAUGAUCACUCAGAACAGCAAACUGCAGCGUGACAUGAAGGGAGAAACUGUAUAAUCAGAUAUGUGUGGGAAGACGGCUAAACUUUAAAGUGAACAGAAAUGUCAAAUGCAGAUCAAAGAAGAAAAUGAUUCCUGUUUUUUUUGGUUUUUUGUUUUUUCAGAUGCAGAAGAGUCAUUAAGUCUUCUUGUAUUGCAGAACACAUUAUGUGAUUAUACAUGUUUGGAUUAAAUGGCAACCAAAAACCAGGCCUACCUGCUCUGAAUAUACAAAAACCUUCAUGUCUAAUGAGGCACCGGGCACCAACUGUCCUCCUCGCCCACCUGCCCCCUCCCCGUCCUCUCCUGUGGUAUUCAAGAUGCUGCUCCUUCAUGCUUCAGUGUCCUUUUGUCUUCUAAUGGUGUCUUAUGUGACUUUUUUUUCGUAUGAUCUAUACGUUUUGUAGAGGCGUUUUUGAACGUGUGGCAGAUUAGAGAGGGGGAAUGUGACCCACUGAGCGAAGUACUGAGUGCCAUUUCAUGAUUGUACCUUGUCCUGAUGAGCACUGAAAAUAGAAACUGUGGUAGAGGUCCAUAUCGUUUGCUAACAUUCCUUCCAUACCCGGUUAGCGUUUAAAGUCGUUCCUGUACAGAAGUUAUCUACUUUGUGUCGGUGUUUGGUAGCUGCGUCAGGCAUUUCCCAUGUAGCAUCCCUCCGUGUGUGAGCGCGUGUGCUUGUGUGUGUUAGGGGGCUACCUCAAUCUGCACUAGAAGAUGCCUCACUCGUGUUGUCCACCUUGACUUUGAGGUGCAGGGUAGCUGCUUAGUCAUAUUGUACCUCCAUUGUACAGCAAAUGUACAGACGACAAAGGAGUGAUGUUAGACAGGAGGAUGCAACAGAAUUCAUGCAUGUAAAACAAACUAUACACUGUAUCUCAUCUUCAAAUAGGUUAAGAUUGUUAGGAUAUGUAUGUAUGUAUGUAAAUAUGAUGGGAAACCCCCCUUUUUCAGAAUUAUGUAACUUAAAAUGACAAUAUUCAGGUUGCUCUAUGGUAUGUAUCAAUAAAUGUUUUGCACCCUGGUAAAAUCAAAAAAAGAGAAAAACGAACACACACACACACACACGCUGUCUCUGCACUCCUGGAUCCGGCUCUCCUGUUCGGGCUUUAUCGGACACUGCUACAUCUGGACGGAGAGCCGAUGGAUGCAGCACUCUGUGUGCGGGCCCACACAGUCUGUCCUGAGCACCACUGCUGAGUGUUAGUACAUGUAUGUGUGCGUGCGGUAGGUGUGGGUGGCCUGUCAGGAAGCUCCGCCGGCCCUGGGACGUUUGGCCUCUGCCCCAUGUACAGGUCUGAACUAUGAGCACAAAGGUGACGAGAAACGCCGCUGACGUGCCCCUUUUCUGUGGUUGCUCCUGUACAUUCCUAUCUUCUGAAUGUGUAAACCUGUACACGUGGUGUGAAAAUUCCUCUAUUAAUGUGUAUCAAGAGAAUGGAACAAAGACAAAAAAUGUUACUUUUUAAAUUAUUAUUAUCAUUAUUAUUAUUAUUACUCUUAUUAUUGUCUAGCUUUGUAAAACUGCUGAUCCAUCUGGCAUACCUCAGCAGGCCUUUCCCCAUCUUUGAAAAAGGACAAAUGAGCGACGGGGAAACAAGGUUUUGGAUAAACUAUUUUUAAUUGUGGUUGAAGCAAUAGACUUUUUGAACUUUGAAUUGUGCAUGGCUGUGUCUUGAGUGUAAAAAAAAACAAAAUAUUGCAGUUUGGGAACUGGACUGAAAUAAAAAGAGGAA